CAGUAUCAAUUUUGUUGAUACUGAAUACAAUGAGUAUUUCGAAAGCUUUAAGAUAAUGAGGUUUAUAAACUUUAUACACUACUGCAGUAUUUAAAAAUUGUGUCUUCAUGCUACACAUUCUGAUGUCAAUAACACUCAUUUUAUAAAUAAAACGAGUCAAAACUAUAGUUAAUACAUAGCUUGUUACUCAAACGAUAGUGCACAAUACCCAUUCAACAUGGAAAAUUCUGUCAAUUCUGUACAGACAAGUUCAGAUUUUGUGAAGGACUAUGUUUGCAGUGCUUGCGAAAGUACAAAUUAUGAAGAAAGUGCUGAUAUUUUUUGUGAAACAUGUACGAAGUUUUAUUGCGGAAAAUGCAUUAAUCAACAUGAUCAAUUAUUCAAAAACCAUUCCAAAUUCGGGAGAGGGGAAACAAAUAAAUGGCCUCUCACAAAGAAAAUGGAGGAUUUGCUUCUGACAUGUGAUAUCCACAACAAGAAACUAAACAUGUUUUGCCAGGACCACGAUCGGCUAUGCUGCUCUGAUUGCGUUCUAUUGAAUCACAGACAGUGUACCAAGGUGGCUCUAAUUUCUGAGUCAGUCAAAAUGUUUUCAUUCGAUAUGCAACAGUUGUCAAUCAGCCUUCAAACUAUUCUUAAUCAACUUAAUAUGUUUAAAAGGACACAAGAGGCAAGCAUUAAAUGCGUUGAUGUAUCGUACGGAGAAAAACUGCAAGAAAUCCGAGACAUGCGUAACAAAUUGAAUGCUACUUUGGAUGAGCUUGAAAAUACAACCUUGAAAAAACUGGAUGAAAUAAGGAGCACUUUGCAAACCUCUCUGAAAGAAGACGUUGAAAACUGCAGGAGACUGAAGGAUAAACUGCAACAACUUAGUGAAGCUGUACAGAACCUGGGUGAAAAGAGCAAUAACGAAAUUCAGUUCACAGCCUGCAGGAAAUGUCUAGAAAAAAUACAAGAGUCUGAGACCUUUCUGAAGGAAAACCCUGUAAAGGGUCUGAAUACAAUGAAAUUCCAGGCAAACAUUGACAUUCAACAGUACCUGUCUAAAAACUCAUGUCUGGGAAGGUUUGUAGUAAUGAAUCCAAACCAGGUAUUGACAGUAAAGAGGAAGUCCGAGUAUAAUGUGAAAAGAUCGAAUGACACUAGUUCGACUUGCUUCAUCGUAUGAAUUUGCAGCCUUCCUACUGGCCAUGUUAUUGUUGUUGAUCAUAACAAUAAAAGAGUAAAGCUUUUUGAUCAGCAGUUCAAUUUAGUUAGUUACUUUGAAAUGUCUGGUCAGUUAAGGGACGUUUGUCAGAUUACAUCCAGUGAGGUGGCUGUGACUGUUGAAAGUUGUGUGCAGUUCAUCUGUGUGAAAAACGGACAGCUUGUUAAUGGGGGAAGGUUUAAUUUACGGCAUCGUGCUGUCGGCAUUGCCCAUCAUUAUGGACAGUUAUACGUCACCUCUAGCACUGCCCUGUACCACUACACUAUGUCUGGGACACUUGUAAAAAUGCUGUAUGAGGAUACAGGAGGUGGAUGUAGAGUGUUUAAGUGUGCAGUUAGUCCUGCUGGGGACAGGAUCUAUGUCACAAACUGCAACCAGCACACGCUCCUCACACUGGCCAUGGAUGGCAACCUGAUAUUCACCUUCACUGACACGCAACUACAAGAACCAUGGGGUGUUCAUGUUACCAAUGAAGGGCAGGUGUUGGUCUGUGGAAGCAGCUCCAACACUGUAAUACAGGUGGAUCGUGAGGGCAGAAAGAAGCUUGCAACGCUGCUUUCACGGAAAGAUGUUAGAAGACCGUUGUCUGUCUGCUCCUAUGAUAAUAUUGACCAGAUCACUGUGGGACUAGACUUAAACAACAAAAUUAUUGUUCUGGAACGCCAAUAGCAUUUUCUGUUGAAUAUGUAUAUAUAUAUAAUGUUGUUAAUGUAAUUGACGAUUAGUUUUUGAGUGACACCAUUAACAAUAUCAGUCUAGACCACGUACUGGAAGAAUCCUAGCUGUAAACAUGUACAAACUGUUUAUUGUUUUGUAAAUAACUAUAAAAUAUUUAAUUUGCAAUUAAGCUUCCUUAACCAGGUUUUUAAAGAAGUAGCUUACAUGCACGUGUAUGAUAGGAUUGCAAAUUGGGCCAGCUGGGGCAAGGUAACUGUUACUAAAGGUAGAAAAAAAGGUUUCCAUUCAACAACUUAAGUUUCCAUGGAGGUUAUGCGUUGUAUUUAUCUUUUUUUGGGUGUAGGUAAUUUAUAUAUACACCUUUCUUGCUAAGUUAAAUGAAACCAAUUUAAUUAAUUUGUAAAAUGGUUUAAUAUCUAGUUUCUUUUCAUGUUAACGUUUGUGGUAAUCAUUAAUAAUUAUUUUGCUUUAAAUUUACAUAUGCUAUAUAUUACCAAUAAUGUUAUUUAACUUCAUAUAUGUAUUUGUGGUGAUAAUAUCAGGGGACUGACAAAUGAAGAAUAGUCGAGCGUGCAUGUGUGUGGGGGGGGGGGGAGGAAGGGGGGCUCUCGUUCGUCCAAUAUUUAUGAAACCUGUGAAAACCAGCCUAUUAAAACUAAGAAUAUAUAUAUUCAAUAAUUUCUUAAAGUUUGAGUCGAACUUGGCAUUAACGACCUCUUGUUCAAUAGUUCUUUAUGAAAUAAAUUUUACGUUAACGCCAUUGGUAGCUUUAUAACAAUCCAAGACAGAACAUUUUUCUAUUGGAUCAUAGUAUAUUCUUUAUUCUUUACCCAUUUAUGCCUAGUGGACUCUCCCAUCCUUCUAAAUUGGAAUAAUUUAUUUCAAAAAUUAGGGAUGUCUAGUAUAUUUAUUUCUAAAUUUAGAAUAUUUCUUACAGAAAUUCCUUUAAGCAAACAGCGCAGACCCUGAUGAGACGCCGCAUCAUGCGGCGCCUCAUCUGGGUCUACGCUGUUUGCCAAGGCCUAUUUUUCUCGACGCUAGGCAUAAAUGGGUUAAUUGAACUUAAUUCUAUGAAUGGGUUGGCGAAUAAAGGCCUCGGACUCGUAGGCUUGUGCUAAUUUCUAUGGGCUAAACAUUAGGUUUUUACACUUAAGUUUUCCACCAUUUUAUAUCUGAAGUGUAUUAAUGUUCAUAUACACGGUUAUGUGUUAGAAAGGUUACUGAUAUAAUUUCAACUGUCCACAGUAAGUUAUAAUUUGGUGCCUAGAUCGAAUAUUUUUGUUUCAUAAAGUACUACAAAAUAAUUUGUAUUCGUCCGCAGGAAAAAUCGCUGUUUUUCAAUGAUGACAAUUUUGUGGAAAUGUAAAUUUGUAUAUUCCAGAUUUUGGCAGAUAAAAAUCAUAAUUUAC